GUAUUGGAGGCACAGAGACGGCAUCAGAAAGAAAAGUCUGGUAUUAUCCCCACCUCUCCAACUCCUUACACUUAUAACAAGAGCUGUGACCUGUGGUCCCUGGGUGUCAUCAUCUACGUGAUGCUGUGCGGAUACCCUCCCUUUUACUCCAAGCACCACAGCCGGACGAUUCCAAAGGACAUGCGGAAAAAGAUCAUGACGGGAAGCUUUGAAUUUCCAGAGGAAGAGUGGAGCCAGAUCUCGGAAAUGGCGAAAGACAUUGUGCGAAAGCUGCUGAAGGUCAAACCUGAGGAGCGUCUGACCAUUGAAGGAGUCCUGGACCAUCCCUGGCUUAACUCCACCGAGGCACUAGACAACAUCCUACCCUCUGCCCAGCUGAUGAUGGACAAGGCAAUGGUUGCGGGGAUCCAACAGGCACAUGCAGAGCAGCUUGCGAACAUGAGAAUCCAAGACCUCAAAGUCAGUCUCAAGCCCCUUCACUCCGUCAACAACCCAAUCCUGCGCAAAAGGAAAUUACUGGGCACUAAGCCAAAGGACGGUGUUUAUAUCCAUGACCCCGAGAAUGGAAGUAAUGAUUCCAACGUGGCUCUGGAAAAGCUCAGAGAUGUGAUAGCGCAGUGCAUUCUACCGCAGGCUGGAGAGAAUGAGGAUGAGAAGCUGAAUGAAGUAAUGCAGGAAGCCUGGAAGUAUAAUCGAGAGUGUAAGUUGCUGCGGGACACUCUGCAGAGCUUCAGCUGGAACGGUAGAGGAUUCACAGAUAAAGUGGAUCGACUAAAACUGGCAGAAAUAGUAAAACAAGUUAUUGAAGAGCAGACAAACUCCCAUGACUCUCAAUAGCUGGAGCUUCUUAAUCUUUUUUUUUUUUUUUUUUACCAUUUAAGAUUUAUUCUUUAACUGUAAAAAGUAUUUUUAUGUAAAUUAAUAAAUCAUAAUUAUUUCAU